AAGAACUCGGCAAGAUGGGGUCCUCCAAGGUAUCCAAGAGGCCCAAGAAGAGAACGCUUGUUCGCUGGGAUGGUACAUUCCCUGGCUCUAUACCGAGCAAUCAAUCCAAUCCUCUGGAGCUUUGGUCGCACUCUUGACUAACCUCUGUAGAAAACUUGAACGAACUCCUGAUGCUGACGGUCCAGUCGGUUUGUAACACCAACUCGAUCAAGAUUCCUUGGGCGGAAGUGGCUACAACAAUGGGACACAACGUGUCGGAGGGAGCCAUCGUCCAGCAUCUCGCCAAACUUCGCUCUCGUCGCGUUGCUGCCAACAAGGCUGUUCCACCCCCCCUUCGCCGCGGUGGUGUCGGUGCCGUGUGCAAGUCAUCACAAGAGUCCGCAGCAGAUGUGUCCGAGAGCAAGAGCACGCGGAGCAAGUCUCUGAAAAAGGACACUGGUGAUGAGACCUCGAGUGCUUUCCCAUACGUCGAUUCUUCCUCGGAUGAAGAUUGGGUAGCGGGGGGAGCCUCCAAGGCGCAGAAGAAGUCUGUUAACAGAAAGACGGCUGGGGCUCGGUCCGGGAAGAGCACCUUGAAAUGUGAAAGCAGUGACAGUUCCGCGGAGAGCUCCCCUGAAGGCUCCGGUGAGCUUCUGUUGCCCGGUGCCACAUUUUUCAACUACCCGAAUGAUGAAAGGCAGUGUAUGACCCAGUCACCAGAGUCUACCGCUGAACCGAAGUCUUUGACCGUGGUGCUCAAGUAUCGACGAUCUGCUCCUGAUGCCAAUGAGAUCAAGAACGUGGUAUCUGACCCCUUAUUCGCCACCCACCCCAUUGAGGCUCCGAACAACAUGUCUUUCCCCCCUUACCAGCAAUCUGUGAACACUGGUUUCUUGCCUGUCGACCCCAGUAUGGGCUUCAUGGACAUGUUGACCGACAAUUCAAACGUCGGUUACCUGGCUGCCAGUGACGCCUCGAUGGGCUUGCCGCCAGAUGGAUGUGGAGUUGCCCCCAACGAUAUGUGGCAGGCCGGACCUGAUCCAGCAUACCCCAGCGCAUCAUACGGCGUGUACCCCGAUGGAGCAGACAUGAACUUCACUGACGGGUCUCUUGAUUUCUCCAAUGACAUGUUCAGCCAUCUCGCUGAUUUCGAACCUGAAAGCCAUCAGCUGAUGCCCCACGAUUAUGUGCCGAUGGACGAAACUAUGGGAACUUUCGAUGACAUCUGAACUUGCACUGUGAUAAAACCGGCGCACGCAUUAAGAGUUCAACAUCAUUCUGGACUUACUAUCUUUGCCAUUUUAUUUUUGGGGCCGAGG